UUGGCAGCGCCGCUGCUGCUCGUUUACGGCAACCUGCCUUUCUUGCAGCAGAGGGCCGAGCGGCAACGCCAGGCGGCGGCAAAGCGAGCGCCUGCCACUGCACAUGUCGCGGGCUUUGAGAUUGUGAACUUCGGGCAGAUGCCCGAUGUUUUGGAGCGGCCGUUCCCCACGAUGCUGCUGCUCUUUCAUCCAGCCACCUAUGCCUCCAAGGUCUUCCUUCCGGCCCUGCGAGACCUGGAAGGCCUGCUGCGUGCCCAUCACCUGCCGGUGAGUGUGGCGGCGCUGGACCUCACGGCGGAGCCGCAGCCACCGAAGGACUUCCUUUGGGAGUACCCGGCGGCGGUCACGCCGCACCUGCAGAUGGUGCUGCCCAGGUCCAUGGAUGGCGAGGCGGGGGUUCAGGACUACGAGGGCCAGUGGAGCGGCCGCGCGCUGGCGGGCGCGGCCUGCCGGCUGGCGGGACCGCAAGCAGAGCUGCCAGCGGAGGACCUGCAGCACCUGGAGCUGGGCAUCCAACGGCUGAGGGACUUGCUCUUUGAGCUGCUCUUCCUGGAGGAGCCAAAGCAGGAAGCGCAGGGCUGGCGGCAGUGGUUCCGGCGCGAGGUGCCCCAGAUGGAGGCACAGAGGCGCCAGGCGGUGCAGGAGGCGGAGAAGAGCAUCGACAUCGGCCAGGGUCCGGGCCCGAACGGUCGCCGGGAGGGCAACUACUCCAUGAGCUUCCAGCCUUGUCUGACCUUUGAGGCCCAAAACCAAGCCGGCACAACCUCCCGGACAUCACGCCACCAGCGCCGUCGAAGCAGCCGCGAUUCGGCGAUGGCGAGCUGGGCCGCCUUCGGCUGCGGCUGCGGCCUUGGGAGUCUCUUCACCCUGCGGGCGGUGAAGCAGCGCCAUGAGGAGCAGUUGGAGAAGGCAGCCACCCGGGCGAGCAGUCUGGCGACGCAACUGGAAGGUGAGACGGUCGAGGAGGAGUGCCAGUGGCUCCACAGCUUGCUGCUCAUCCUCUGGCCCCGAAUUGACCGAUUCUUAAAGGUAGUGGUGGAGGAGCAGGUGAUUCCAGAGAUCGACAAGGCACUGCCCAAGAUGCUCAAGGGCGCCGUGAGCUUCCCCAAGGUGCAUCUCGGCCAGGCGGUGCCCCACUUCCGGGACAUUUGCCUGAAGGAGCGCAGCGACGGAGCAAUCAUGUUGAAGGUGAAUAUCGAACUGGCUUCGGACAUGGACGUGCAGAUUAAGGCGAUGAAGGUGCCGCUCGGCGUGAGGCACCUGAGCCUGUCUGGGGAGCUGAACGUGCGGUUCCACCCAGUUGCCACGGCUCCGCCCUUCUUCGCCGGGGUGGGGGCCUUCUUCAUCGAGCCCCCGAAGCUGGACAUGGACUUCACCGGGGCCGCGGACUUCGUGGACAUGCCGCUGAUCCGGGACGUGGUGCACUCUACGAUUAUGGGCAUUUUGAAUGCUCAAGUAGUGCUGCCCGCGCGCAUCGCUAUCGACCUUAACCAGGACGAUGAUACUGACCAGGCGGACCUCAACUUCCCGGAGCCCCUGGGCGUGCUGCGGGUGCUGCUGCGCCGGGGGAAGGACCUGCGCGCGGCGGACGUGGGUUUCACUGGGGGCCGGUCCUCGGACCCCUACGUGGUGAUGGAGGUGGGCCAGGCGCGGUGGCAGUCCCCGGUGGUGGAGAAGAGCCUGAACCCGGUCUGGGAGCACCACAACGUCGCGGACUUCUUGGUGUAUGAGCAGCGCCAGAAGCUGCACUUCCGGGUUUUCGACAAGGACCAGUAUAGCGCGGACGACCUCAUCGGGGCGGCUCACAGCGUUCUGCCGCCUUUCAUGGAGGCGAUGUCGCCGAAGGACUUCGAGAUACCGCUGGACUACCAAGGCGAAGGGGCCGGCAGUCUGGGCGUCUCCGCGCGGUGGCUGGGGGUGGCCUCCAGACCGCCGAAGGCCAUCUCAUCGGCGGUGGCACGAGGGCCCUCGCAGUUGGUUCUGGCAGUGAAGCUGCUAGGCGUGACCGACCUGCCGAAGUCCCACAAGCCGCCCUUCACCGUGCGGGUGGAGGUCCCCAACUGCGGGGUGCAGAUGAUCAGCCGAAAGAGCACCCCACCCAGCAACAUCAAGCCCGUGGCGCAGGAGGUGGCGGACAUCGCCCGGCGCCUGAGUCGGUCCAAGCACUCCACAGAGCAGAUCUGCGAGAUCACCGGGCUGGAGCCCCACGCGGUGAAGCUGGCGGUGGCCCAUAGCUCCCCCGACUUCGCGGAGGCGCGCCGGGAGUCCAUGGCCGAGAUGAGCAUCACACACCCCGAGUUCAACCAAGUGCUCCACCUGCCUCUGCCCUGGACCGAGACGGUCGCCAAGGCCACAGUGUCCUUGAAGCUGAUUGAUCGGACGGAGAAGCCCAUCGGGAAGCCACUCGUGCUGCGGUUGGCGGACGCGGCGGAACGGCCCCUGGAAGGCGGCUACGACCUAUCGUCGGGCGGCACGCUGAACGCGAAGCUCAGCACACUGUGGCUCAAGGUGCCCUCGGCGUCCUGAACGCCUCUCGCCUCUUGGGCGCCGAAGGCCUCGCCUAUGGCUUUCAAAGGAUGGGUAUUCGUCCCCAGCUCUCUCCUUCGAAGGUGGGUUUCAGUUUAGACGUCGCCUCGAAGGCCCUUUCAAAGGUCGUGUGAUGUCUCAAGAGGAGCAGAAAUCCCGUUGAAAAGCUUCAAGGCGUGGGCUUUGGCGAGACUUGUUUAGGUCGUGUGGCAAGAAGACUCGUACGGCCUUGACGCCAUGACGUCUGCCUCUGGAUCAGAGCGGCUUUUGAACCGACUGCUUACAGCUCAGCUGGUGGUCCGCGGCUUCCGGCGACGCAGGGAGACGUCAUACUUCACAUGUACGUCGAACCCCAGGGAACCCGAAUGAGACCUCCUAAACGACGACCGCACUUCCCCACUUGUUCGGACGGUCCUUCUUGUGGUAGACGAGUCCAGCGACGUUUUCUGGCCAACGCACUAGAAAUCGAAAAGGGCAUUUCGGAUCCCGUGUGUGCACGCGCGAGAUCUGUCAGCGAUCUCUCCACAGAGACCCGGUGCGCCAGCGGAAAAUGAGAGCUUUUAGCUCUCCCAUUUGUAAAAAAGAGGGGCAUCUAUGAACCUGCAGC